AAGGGGGAACGAAAAUGUGGGCGCCUCGCAAAUAGUUAGGAGGGCUCCAGACCGUACUGGGCCAUGGCGGACUCGAGGCUGCUGGUGCCGGAGCUAAGCGAGGCAGAGACAAUGGGCGCUGAGACGGCGCGUUUCGAGGAGCUGCUGCUGCAGGCCUCCAAGGAGCUCCAGCAAGCCCAGACAAGCAGACCAGAGUCAACACAGAUCCAACCUCAGCCUGGUUUCUGCGUAAAGACCAACUCAUCGGAAGGGAAGGUUUUCAUCAACAUCUGCCACUCGCCCUCCAUCCCUCCUCCCGCUGACGUGACCGAGGAUGAGCUGCUUCAGAUGCUGGAGGAGGACCAAGCCGGGUUUCGCAUCCCUAUGAGUCUGGGAGAGCCUCACGCCGAACUGGAUGCAAAAGGCCAGGGUUGUACCGCCUACGACGUAGCUGUCAACAGCGACUUCUACCGGAGGAUGCAGAACAGCGAUUUCUUGCGAGAGCUCGUGGUCACCAUCGCCAGGGAGGGCCUUGAGGACAAAUACAGCCUGCAGCUGAAUCCAGAGUGGCGCAUGUUGAAGAACCGGGCUUUCCUGGGCUCCAUCUCCCAGCAGAAUAUCCGGUCCCGGCAGCGUCCUCGGAUCCAGGAGCUGGAGAACCUGUACACUCCCGACUCCCUCCGACCUGAGGAAAGCCCUGAAAAGCCUCACUUGAACCUUUGGCUGGAAGCCCCUGAUCUCCUCUUGGCUGAAAUUGACCUCCCCAAACUGGAUGGAGCUCUGGGGCUGUCGCUGGAGAUUGGGGAGAACCGCCUGGUGGUGGGGGGCCCCCAGCAGCUGUACCAUCUGGAUGCCUACAUCCCCCUGCGGAUCAACUCUGACGAGAGCAAGGCGGCCUUCCAUCGGAAGAGAAGGCAAUUGAUGGUGGCAAUGCCCCUUCUGUCGGUGCCUUCUUGACCGGCUGUCUGCCCAUCUUUCCGAGUGGGGAGAAGAGGCUGGUAGCUUCUUUAAAAUUGAAAUAAAAGAUGUUUCCAUUG